GGCGCCUCGAGUUAUUUCAGAUAAUGUUACUCUUGAACUCGAGCAUUCAAAUCUUACCGAUAUGCCUCAGGUCACUUCAGACAAGAUUUGGGUGCGACGACCCGGACGAGGCCCUUUCUCUUUUACACGCGAAGAAUUGCAGAACAAAGAUGUAAAGGAUUUGGACGAUCUAAAAAAGUUAUUGCUAAUUAGAAUUGGUCAUGACCCAGAAAGAACGCCAACCGAUUGUGUCGCAGUUCGCCAUCCCAAAAAAGAUAACUUAAGAGCUUCCACGCCCAUCAAUGAAUUGUACAAUGAUGAUAAAUCAGCAUUAGAAGUAACGAUUACUAAUGAUCGUGAUACAACUAUUAGGAAACAAGUAUCGGAAGAGGUGAUUGUCGCUGUUUCUGGAAAUGUGACUCAAAGUAAGCAAUCUAUUGUGUAUUUGUCAUAG